AUGAGCGUCAAAAGGCUCAGACAGAGCCUUCAUGAGCUGGCCACCAGUAUUAAUGACUGUGACGAGAAGAAGAUCACCUUUGAUCAGCUUAUUGCACGUGCGUGUAAGUACAUGACACACGGAAGAAAAGAGUACGGCACACUGGCCAUCGGAUCUCUCUCGGUGGAAGAGGUUCAACAGUGUCUUAAGAUAAAACCGACCAAAAACGACCUGGAGCUGCAACAAGACAUCCAACCGCUCCCUAUGGGCAUCUCAUUUGAUCACGUCUUGAGCAGUACUCAGAAAGCGUUCGCUAUGAGCAACGAGUCCGGGAUGCGACUCAUUCUGAAUAUCCUUCUGACCAAUGCCCACGACCUCGUAUCGUCUCUUCCAGCUCCCGGUCGUAAGCUGAGAUUUGGAACAGAGGGUGCAUGGUCAUACGGGCCGGUCACUCUGAAGCGAGAGGGCGAGCGGGAAAGAAAGUAUAUGCUGAGUGGUCGUCCAGACUACCAUCUGUGGUACGGAUCACAAGCCGACACAGCCGUUAACGUCGUUGUGGUUGAGGCGAAACGCCCAGGCUUAGCCGGGUUGGGUGUCGGCCAGGCCCUCGCAUAUAUGAGUAUUGUCCAUAAUAUCCGCAAGAGAGACAAGAAGAAAGACAUCAAGGUCUUUGGAUUGGCCAGCGACGGGGUUGUAUGGCAUUUUCUCAAAAUCAAUGAGAAAUCCGAGUGGAGUGAGAAACUUAUUGCCAUCCGCGACCGAGAAUACAAAGAAGUGCUCGGAGUUCUUGUGCACUUCUUGCACCAGGCGGCCGUUAUGUCACCUGGCCACUCGCAACAGUCAAGUGGCCAGGCCGAUGAAUAG